AUGGAGACAUCUUUGGCUGUGGUGGCGCAACGCGCCGGCUUCAAGGAGCAGAUUAUGUCUUUGUGGCAACCCAAGGGCAUCGGAAGUGAUCCCCCUUCGUUGACGGUGAAGGAGGUGAGUAUCCACAUCCCAGGAUCCAUAGAGGUGCUGGUGUUGCCAGUUUACACCAAUACCAAGGUCAUCGAAGUGAAGACUCUGCUGGAGGAGCGCUUGUCCGUGAGCCCCGGAUACAUCCGGCUGGUGCACAAACAAGGGCCCAACUAUCGGGUGCAUCAGGACAAUGAGGAGAUUGCACGAAAGGUCACAGUCCACGGCAUCAAGUCCUUCAAACGGGUGGAGGCACAGUACAGCCUUCCACAUAUCAUCAUCGGUGCUGGUCACAUUGGCUUGAAGCUGGCGAUGACUUGGAUCAUGGAGGGUUACAGCAACUUCGUGCUCUUUGAUCGCAAAGGCCAGGUGGGUGGAACAUCUUGGAUCGACCAGGCGAAUUCGACAUCAAGGUUGCAAACAGAGGUUGGAGUGUACCACUUGCAAUAUCAUGAACACAAUGAUUGGCCCCUGUGGGCCGUGGAAAAUCCUUGGCCAUCAAGAGACAAGUUGCUGGAACAUUUCCAGGAGGUUUCGGAGAAGUUCGGCAUUCUUCCCCACUGCCGGAUGAACACCAACGUCAAGUCCUUGAACGUGGUAGGCAGGGACUAUUGGAGCCAGACCUAUGAGCUGACGAUCAAGACCAAGGGCAAAGACGAAGAGGUGGUGAAGGGUGCAUCUGUGGCAUUUUUCCCAGGUAACCUCACCAAUCCAAAACGUGUCACCUAUCCAGGGGAGGAUACGUUUGAUGGAGACAUUGUCUAUGGCAUCAGCAGCCAGUUCGAUUACUCCAAAGUUCGUGGGAACAGUGUGAUGAUUGUGGGUAGUGGUGCUUUUGCAGUUGAAAAUGUCCGCACGUGCGUGGAAUUUGAGGCCCAAAAGGUGUACAUGGUGUGCAGACGCAAGACCAUUUCAAUGCCCAGGCUCACUUCGUGGCUCAUCAAUCAAUCCUAUGACUCGUUGUCUGCAAAACUGACCCUGGAAUCCAUGGAGCCAAUGUACAAUCUCAUUGGCGUAGACCAAUGGUCUUACUAUGCAGUGUCAGCCAACGAGUCCAGAACAAGUGUCACCAUCAAACAGAAGUCCCGCUUUGGCAUUGGAGAUGUCUACUUUUUGGGCAUGGCCUGUGGCUUUUGCGAGCAUAUCGUAGAUGAUACCAAAAGGGUGAGUGGCAAGACCAUCCAUCUUUUCAGUGGCCGUAGGUUGGAAAAUGUCUCGCACAUCCUGAAGCUCUUGGGCUUCAAUGGCGAGUUCGAGAACGACCGUCUCCUGAAAAUCAAAGACCUCUAUGGCUGGUGGGCGAACAAGGAUUUCCGCCGCUACAUUGUGGCGGAGCCUAUCUAUGUGGAUGCCAACAACUUUGGGAGUACCAGCUUUUCUCCGGGAGCCAUUAUGUGGGCUGAGCAGCAGGUCUACAUGCUGAAGUACCCACAAGAGUGGGCCACUGUCAUGGACAGUGGGAUGCUUCCAACACAUGAAGCAGAGGAAGAAUUCAGCCGCCCCGCCUACGUCGUGGAGGCCCGGCACGGGGCCCUGACAGCGAUCACCCUUGCCUCCAUGGUGCGUGGCCUCGCAGAGCGCGGCGCCGUGUGGGGCCCGCUGAAACGACAACGGCAACGGGAAAUCCACCCACCAGAGAAGAUCCUAGAGUGCGCCAAGCGCGAGUGGGAUGAGUGGAAGAAAACUUUGAAUGAUUUGGGCUAUGAAAAUACGCCAGAAUAUCCCUACAAUAAGGAGAACCUCGGUGUUUACUGUGCCGCCGAAGUCGCAGUUGCUCCAUAUACUCCUGAAGGGAAUGUGGAGAAAGUUGAGGAUGUGGUGAAGCCGAUCAAGAGCUUAGGUGAUGAGCGGAUGAUGUCGACCACUUCCUCAAGUAGCAGUAAGCGAAGGAUAGAGGCAAUAGAACUACCCGCUGGUUGUUGGAAGUAUCAGCCAAAAGCGGAGAAGCUUUACACCAACAUGAAGGUGCAGCUUUUCGUGGCCGCUUUGAUCGCUGGGAACUUCCUGUGCAACAUCAUCGAAAAGUGGAUCGAUCCCGCGGGGACCGAGUAUCCCGACCUCUUUUACGGCUUCGAGACCUUUUUCAACACCAUGUUUUUCUUCGAAUUGCUUGUGAACAUGUAUGCAUUCUGGUGCUGCCGCUUCUGGAAGUCUGGCUGGAACAUCUUUGAUUUUGUCGUUGUUGCAAUUGGCAUCCUCUCGGUCCUGAAGGUUGAACUUCCUGGACCCUUGAGCAUGCUUCGCAUGAUGCGAGCGUUUCGCGUUUUCAGACUCUUUAAGAGGGUCAAGUCGCUGAACAAAAUCAUGGUUUCCUUAGCCAAAGCAGUUCCGGGAGUGGCAAACGCCUUUUUCAUAUUGCUGCUCGUGAUGUCCAUUUAUGCCAUCAUUGCGGUAGACCUGUUCAAGGACUUCGGCAAAGGAUUUAAGUUUACAAACAUCAAGGGCAAAGAGGUGGAAUUGAUUACCAGUCGGAAGCAAGAGUAUGGCUUCGAAUAUUUUGGCAACUUCGGGAAGUCCCUGUACACCAUGUUCCAGGUUCUGACCUGUGAAUCCUGGUCAGAGGCGAUUGCACGACCCCUUCUGCACUGUAACAGUGUCGCUGAAGCCUUUGGCGUGGCCUUCUUUUUUGUAUCCUUCAUCGUUGUGAAUGCCAUUGUGCUGAUCAAUGUGGUGGUUGCCGUCUUGUUGGAGAAGAUGGUGGAUGAUACGGACAAGAAGGAGGCUGCAAUCGAUGAGGAAGAGGAGGUCGAAGAGGCCGAAGUGCAAGAGAUUGUGAACACCAAGGAACUUUUUGGGCAGCUCGAGGACGCGGACGAGCCCAUGUGGCAAGCGCCUGGCUCGACGCGCAAACGUCCAUCAGCACUAUCCAUCUCCCAGAAGGAUGGGUUGAACAGACUGUCGGCCCUCUCAGCAUCAACCCGCGUGGCCAACCUUAGAGCAGACCUGGAUGCCAUGAAGGAAGACAUGGAAUUGAUCCAGGAGAGCUUGUCAGUGGUUCUGAGCCUAUUGAGCGUGAAACCCAAGGUUGGAGAGGCAACGGUGAAUUCGCCCAUGACGGAGCCCCUCACUGAGCCGCUUCCGGAGGACGAGCAAGGUCCUCGAAAAUCAGCGCUAUUUGAUGUUGACAAAGGACGAAUGUCCGCCUUGGUGUUGGAUGGCGUGUCCGCCUUCCCAAGGCAGCCUGACACCUUUCUUCCAGGUGCCAUGCGCUAG